UUGAUUAUAUUUCUGAAAAACCAAUAUCUAUCGGCUUCACGGUAUUACGGUAAUAUUACUAUAGUGUAGUUGGUGGUUUUUGGUUAUUUUAAAUCGACAAAAAUAUGUUAACUCGCGUUGUGUUACCAAACGGCCGUACAACGACAACAACAACAACAUUAGCAUUAUAACAACUCAAAUUAUUACCGUCGUUGUAUAAAUGUGAAACUGUGCUCAGUAGUGGUUAUUGGCUGCAAACAGAAUAAAGUAACUAUUGUUGGUGUCGACGUUUUAUCCCAUCAUCCGACCGGACGCGCGAACUUCGAGUUUAGUGUUGAAGAUUAAAAUUAUUGUGAAGAUUUUUAAUCUCCUCAGUUACGACGACGACGACUGAGUAGCAGUGAUUUGGCCCUUAGGUCUUCGUGCUUCUUCGUCGUAUGUGGAGGGUGGCACGAUAUGUCCAAGAAGAAAGAUCAUGAGAGAAAGAGUCAGUGGGCAUGGGCGGAAAACAUACACCCAAACAACAUCGAAUUCGACCAUGUACUUAAAGCAUAUCGCAUCGGGCUGCCCAACUGCAAACCUCUGUCUUGCCGUCGUAAUUGCAAAAACAAUCCAUACUGUCUAUCUGGACUUGGUGAACAACGUUGGCUUCAAGAUAAAGUGCGUACUCCUGUUAAUGACUACGAAGAUCCAGAGCUUGAACGACGACAAAAUAAUAAAUUUGUCGGUUUAAAAAACUUGGGUGCAACGUGUUAUAUCAAUAGUCUUUUACAGUUAUGGUUCCACAACAUUAACUUCAGAAAAGCAAUAUUUAAUUGGAAACCAGAAGAAGAUUCAACUGAAAGUCAAAAUAAGUCUCUUUAUAUUGAAAACUCGUAUGUACCAGAGACUAGUGUUGGUCAUCUGCAACUAGUAUUUGCUUUAAUGCAAUUUGGUAAACAACGUUCAGUAGACCCCGAAGACUUUAUCACAACUUUAAGAAUUAAUACUGCUCUUCAACAGGAUGCUCAUGAGUUUUCAAAUUUGUUCCUAUCAGUCUUAGAAAACAAGUUUAGCACACAAUCUGAUGUAUCUGUCAGAGAUAUGGUUAGAGAUAAUUUUCUUGGCGAAUACAAAUAUGUAACUACCUGUUUAAAAUGUAAAACUAAAUCUACACGUCCAUCAACAUUUUAUGAACUUGAUUUAAAUAUUAAAGGCCAUAAAACCUUAAAUGAAAGUUUGCAAGAGUUUUUAAAAGAAGAGCAUCUAACAGGAGAUGAUCAAUACUAUUGUGAUCAUUGUAACUGUAAACAAGACGCUGUACGAAAAAUAUGUUUAACCACUUUACCUCCUGUGCUAAAUAUCCAACUAAUGCGUUUUGUUUAUGAUAGACAAACAAUGCAGAAAAAAAAAUUAAAUACAUAUAUACAAUUUUCACAAACAUUAGACAUGGCUCAGUAUUUAAAUUUACCUGUUAAUUCUGAUGAAUCAUCAAGAGAAAAGCAUAUGUACCAUUUAUGCGCAGUCCUUAUACAUAAAGGUUCAAGUGCAUAUUCUGGUCAUUAUAUUGCCCAUAUCAAAGACAUUGCGGCUGAAGAAUGGUAUAAAAUGAAUGAUGAAAAUGUUGAAAAAUUAAAGGGUAAGGGUCUAAAUUUGUGUACAGAAGAUGAAUUUAAAUUAAAUGGUUCCAAAGUUACUAAAGCUCCCAAGAUUCAGAAAGGUAUGUUACAAACAAACAAUGCUUAUAUGUUGGUUUAUAUGCAUCAUACCAUGAUAACAAAAUUAAAAACUGAGUCGUCUAAUUGGGAGUUGUCACCAAGACUGAUUCACCUUGUAGAGGCUCGUAAUAAUAACUUUGAGAAUACAAUAUUAAAUAUUAAGAGUAAUCGAGAGUAUGUAGAAGAUAAAGAUAAAGUAUUUGUUGAACAAAUGUUGAAUUUAAUAACUGAAAUGAACUCUGUAUCUAUAAAAGAAAAAAAUAAGGAAGCCAUUUCAUUACAAUGGCUUAACUAUUGGUUUAAAAUUACGCCUAAUCAGAAUGUCAAGGAAAUAAGCAAUUGUGCAAUAUUAUGUAAACAUGAUUUACUAGAUCCUGAUAAAGUCCAUGAAGCCAAAUACAUAGGAACAGAAUUAGCAGAUAAAUUGUAUGGUAUUUAUCAAGGAGGUCCAAGGCUAAAAUUAAAUUCAUCAUUAUGUUGGAAAUGUGUAAGAAAUAAAUGUGCCUUAUUAUACACUAAAACAUUAACUGCUGAACAAAAUAAAACUAUCAACACUGUUUUACAUAGUUGGAAUCCAAAUCAUAAUGCAGAUGAUGAAAAUAAAGAAAAAAGUUACUGGGUGGGAAAAGAUUCAUUAAAAAGUUGGCGACGAAUGUACUUGGAAUUGUUUGAAUAUUUUGUUAAUAACCAUGAUGUACCUCCAAACACAGCACUGCCUCUUAAUCCAGAAUUGUUGUCAGUAGUAUGUGAUCCAUCUAGCAGUUUUGUUGAGGACAAAAAAUUUUUUAAGUCAAAGGAUCGAAGCCGUUAUAUUAAAAUGGAAGGUAUUACAUUGGAAUCUAUUGAUGGAUGUCGGAAACUUGCUCAUUUGUUUGUUAACAAUUCUAUAUCAAUUUUUAAAAUUCUAAAGCUCAAUGAUUUCAAACCUUUUCAUUAUUCCUUGUUGGAAUUAGAAUCAGUCUUAGAAGAAAUGACGAAUAUAUUGUCUUCAGUUAUUGCUAAAAAAGUUAAUGAUGAAUUAGCUAAUGAAGAGCAAAAAUAUGAUAGUAAUAAAAGAGACAAUUCCAAGAAUAUAUCUGAAUGUGUAAUUCCAAAUGAAAGUGAAUCGAAAACUGAUGAUGAACACAAAGAAGAUGAUGUUGAGGAUAAUAGUCAUGAAGAAAAAGACAAGCACGAUGAUUCCGAUUCUUUUGAUAACAAAAAUGAUACUGAGUACAUGUCAUGGGGAUUUAAUGAAGACAUUACAUGUUCUCAUGGAAACUUGACUAUUGAGAAUAAUACUAGGAGAUUGGUUCCAGAAGUAGUAAAAAGUAUACUUCAUUCAUAUUUUCCUAAAGCACCAAUAUUUGCUAAUGAUAUAGAACCUUGUAAUAUAUGCGUAAAUAUGCAUAAUCAAGAUGAAAUUACUAAAAAUUUACAUAAGCAGUCUGCUAUUUCAGAAAAAGAAUUACUAAGUGAUUUGCUAUGGAAUAAAAAAAGACCUGUUCCUUCACAAGAAAAUUCUCCAUACCCUUGUGUUUCUAAGAAUUUUUUAGAAUCUUGGAGAAAAUUUGUGAGAAAUUCAUCUAAAGAACCAAGACCGCAAUCGAUUGUAAAUGAAGCACUUCUUUGCAAAGAACAUACUGGAUUGUUAUUUGAACCACCUUCGAAUUUGUAUUCUACUGAACAGAAUCCAAUAGCACUGUUAACUAAAGAAGAAUGGACGAUUCUUUCACGGUGCUAUGCAGCUGAUUAUGGAGUAUACUUGUACUUUGGUGAACUUGGAAUGUUUACAACAUCAAAACCAGAAAUAUGUGUGCCUUGCCGUCAGAGAAGACUGGAUGAAGAAAAAAAAGAACAGUUGAAGUAUAAUAAAGCAAAAAUUUUUAUUAAAGUGAUUGAAAAAGAAUCACAUGAAAAUAGGUUCAACGGAAUCGAUGACAAGGAUGAAUUAUGGGGCAACUGUUCGAAGAAAAUUAAACUAGAUACGACAUGCCUUAACGGCGGUGGAACUAGUGGCUCGACAACGGCCGCCGCUCCCACGUAUGUCAACAACGGCGCAUUAGAGUUGGGAAUCAGAAGAAGUGCACGAAACCGAAGACCUAGGGGUGAACUGAUCGUGGUUUCUUCAAAUGACACAUUAUUUGAUCUCAAAAUGAAGAUCAUGGGUGCAUUCAACGUCAUGCCCAAUGAUCAGCAUCUGAAAACAGCAGAAGGUGUUAAGUUAGAUGAUGAUGAAGCUACAUUGGCUGACUUGGAAAUUCUUCCAGAUACAUUAAUUUUAGCAAAGUUUGACGAACCUACCGAAGAUCUACCAGAAUUCGUUGCUGAGGAGGAAGCUGGCUUCAAAGGUACCGAGCUCAUGAGUUGAAAAAUCCGAAUUGAAAUUUGUGUAAUAAAGAUAUAUAUAUAUGUAUAACAUUAAUUAAAAAAAUCCAUAUGGGUAGAUUAUUUAUUAUUUUUAUUUAUUUAUAUGUAUAUAUAUAUACACACACACGCACACACAUAUAACAGUGUAUGACAUGUGUAUAGUAUAUAUCAAUAUUGUAAUGAGUUUUUAAGUAGAUAACUAUUAUUAAAUAGUUUUUUUAAACGCUUACGUAUGUAUAUAAUAUAAUAUUAGAGUAUGUUUUAGUAUUUAUUUCAAACAAAAUCGUUAAUAUAAUUAUAUUUUUAUAUUAUUUUAAAAAUAUGUGUUUAUAGGUUUUUUUUUUAGACAGGGAUAUUUAAAUUUAUUUGUUUACAUCGAGAUAAUUUAUGCGUUUGUGCAAGCAACGCGUGCACUGUAAAUAAUAAAAUAUUGUCAUCUCUCCGCCGGUUAAUGUAAUGUCAUCGUUGUGAAGCCAGGAGAGAAUAUCGUUCCAAGCUUUUGUUGUUAUACUGUAAUCUUUUAUUAAUUAUUAUUAUCAUUAUCAUAUUAUAGUAUUGUACAUAAAUAUUUUUUGAUAAAAACUAGAUACUGAAAUGUUUUAAUGAGAAAUUAUAAGUUUUGCGUGUGUUAUAUUAUGAUAAUGAAUUACUUACUAUUUUUGUAACUUGCUUUGAUGUUAAAUUUUCGUACCUACACCUUUGUGUGUGAAGAUAAAAAUAAUUAUUAUAAUAAUAAAAACCGGAACAAAAGGAUGUACCAAAUUAAAA